AUGGAUGCUGUGCAAAAGAUCAGGGAGUCCUCCACAGCUCUAGAGGCCAAGCGGAUUGGUCACACAGUGAAGGAUCCAGUGGGGUGGAAUGAGGAGAGGGAAACUGUCAUGGAAGAGGUAAUUAUGCUUAAAGCCGACCAGGUGAAAGGCUUUCGCGCAAAGUUGGAGAUAGCCGAUCCCAAGUCUGUUUUCGCGGAAGCAACGUUUGACACCUUUUGGGGAACGGGGCUAGAUGUUACUGGCACUAAAGGCACCAACCCGUCAAAGUGGCCUGGAGAUAACAAGCUAGGACUCACUGUAAAAAGGGUGGCGACUGCUAAGUGUGGUAGAAGGCUUUGGAGUGUGUCAGUGCCAAGGAAAGGAAGCCCAAACGAAGACAACCAAACUAACCUGGAUAAGUUUAUCAGGGAAGCAAGGAAAGAUGCGGGCAAGAAAGGCGCUAAAACAUAG